CACGUAUUUCAUGACUUUCCUAUUAUACACCACAAAGACGAGCAUUCCAUAUUUCCGUCACAUUAACAACUUCACCGGAGAUAUUUUCCGGUAACUACGGCCAUGGCCUCAACUACGUCGUUUUCGAGGCUCCAAAUUCCAAUUCCUCGUCGCAGAAUAUCAAACGACGCGCCUCUUGCGCGGUUUCAACAACUCUCCCUCUCCUUUCCCGCGAAAUCCACUUCCCUGAGAACCUUGAAUUCUGUUCCUACGAAGAAAAGAGAGGCUUUAGCAAAUAGGUUUUCGCGAAUUGGAAGGAACCCUAAAGGGUUCUCAAUUCGCUGCACAUCUUCAAGCGGAAAGAUUACACAACAGGAGUUCACAGAAAUGGCAUGGCAAGCGAUUGUCUCAGCGCCAGAAGUGGCUAAGGAGAACAAGCAUCAAAUUGUGGAGACAGAGCACCUGAUGAAAGCUUUGUUAGAACAAAAGAAUGGGCUUGCUCGUCGGAUCUUUUCCAAGGUCGGGGUAGAUAACACUCGACUUUUGGAGGCUACUGAUAAGCACAUUCAGCGGCAACCUAAGGUUCUAGGGGAAUCAGUUGGUUCAAUGCUGGGGCGUGAUUUGGAGGCAUUGAUUCAGAGAGCCAGGGACAUCAAGAAAGACUAUGGUGAUUCAUUUGUGUCAGUUGAACACUUCGUUCUUGGUUUUGCCCAAGAUAGACGAUUUGGGAAGAUAUUAUUUAGGGAUUUUCAAAUAUCAGAACAAGGUCUAAAAUCUGCCAUAGAGUCUAUAAGAGGGCGCCAAUCAGUUAUCGACCAAGAUCCUGAAGGAAAGUAUGAAGCGUUGGAAAAAUAUGGCAAAGAUUUGACAGCAAUGGCUAAAGCAGGAAAACUUGAUCCAGUCAUAGGAAGAGAUGACGAAAUACGCAGGUGCAUUCAGAUUCUCUCCAGGAGAACCAAAAACAACCCUGUGCUGAUUGGUGAGCCUGGUGUUGGGAAAACAGCAAUUUCUGAAGGACUCGCUCAAAGAAUUGUUCAAGGAGAUGUUCCACAAGCUUUGAUGAACAGAAAGCUUAUUUCUCUUGAUAUGGGUGCACUUAUUGCUGGAGCAAAGUAUCGAGGAGAAUUUGAGGAUAGGCUGAAAGCUGUUCUCAAAGAAGUAACCGAAUCUGAUGGUCAGACUAUCCUUUUCAUUGAUGAGAUCCAUACAGUUGUUGGGGCAGGUGCUACAAAUGGUGCAAUGGAUGCUGGUAAUCUCUUGAAGCCCAUGCUGGGUCGGGGGGAGCUGAGAUGUAUUGGUGCAACAACUCUAGAUGAGUAUCGGAAAUAUAUUGAGAAGGACCCUGCACUAGAGCGCCGUUUCCAACAGGUUUAUGUUGACCAACCUUCAGUUGAAGAUACUGUUUCAAUUCUACGGGGACUGCGGGAAAGAUAUGAGCUGCAUCAUGGAGUACGCAUCUCUGACAGUGCACUUGUUGAAGCUGCAAUCCUUUCAGAUCGUUACAUAAGUGGGAGAUUUUUGCCUGACAAAGCUAUUGAUCUGGUUGAUGAAGCAGCUGCAAAACUAAAAAUGGAAAUUACUUCUAAACCUACUGCACUUGAUGAGAUUAACCGGUCAGUGUUAAAACUAGAGAUGGAGAGACUGUCUCUUAUGAAUGAUACAGACAAGGCUUCUAAAGAUAGGUUGAAUCGUCUUGAGGCAGAGCUUUCUCUCUUAAAAGAGAAACAGGACGAACUGACUCAGCAAUGGGAGCAUGAGAAGUCUGUAAUGACUCGACUUCAGUCAAUCAAAGAAGAGAUAGACAGGGUAAAUCUUGAGAUCCAGCAGGCUGAGCGUGAAUAUGAUCUUAAUCGUGCGGCUGAAUUGAAGUAUGGUAGUCUGAACUCCUUGCAAAAGCAACUUGAAAGUGCAGAGAAGGAGUUACAUGAAUACAUGAGCUCAGGCAAGUCCAUGCUCAGAGAGGAAGUUACAGGCAAUGAUAUUGCUGAAAUUGUAAGCAAGUGGACUGGAAUCCCUGUUUCAAAACUUCAACAAUCAGAGAGAGACAAGUUGUUGCAGCUAGAAGAAGAGCUCCAUAAGCGUGUUGUAGGUCAAGAUCCUGCAGUUAAGGCGGUAGCUGAGGCUAUCCAACGUUCAAGAGCAGGUCUUUCAGAUCCUCAUCGCCCUAUUGCUAGCUUCAUGUUUAUGGGACCCACUGGUGUUGGUAAGACGGAGCUGGCUAAGGCUCUCGCUUCCUUUUUGUUCAACACAGAAGAAGCACUUGUACGAAUUGAUAUGAGUGAGUACAUGGAAAAGCAUACGGUCUCAAGAUUAAUCGGAGCUCCUCCUGGAUACGUUGGGUAUGAAGAGGGAGGCCAACUUACAGAGACAGUUCGCCGCAGACCGUACGCUGUUGUUUUGUUUGAUGAGAUUGAGAAGGCUCAUUCAGAUGUUUUCAAUGUAUUUCUCCAAAUUUUGGAUGAUGGAAGAGUGACUGAUUCGCAGGGUCGCACAGUAAGUUUUACCAACACUGUCAUCAUCAUGACCUCAAAUGUUGGAUCACAGUACAUUCUCAACACAGAUGAUGACACUGUACCGAAAGAGUUAGCAUACGAAACCAUAAAGCAGCGGGUAAUGGACGCUGCAAGGUCCAUCUUUCGGCCUGAGUUCAUGAAUAGAGUUGAUGAGUAUAUCGUCUUCCAGCCUCUAAACCGUGACCAAAUUAGCAGCAUUGUCAGGUUACAGUUGGAGCGCGUGCAGAAGAGAAUCGCAGAUCGCAAGAUGAGAAUCAAAGUCACAGAUGCUGCAAUCCAACUUCUCGGAAGUUUGGGGUAUGAUCCGAACUACGGCGCUAGGCCGGUCAAGAGAGUGAUUCAACAAAAUGUGGAAAAUGAACUUGCCAAGGGUAUACUUAGAGGAGAAUUUAAGGAUGAGGACACAAUUUUGGUAGACACUGAAGUCACAGCGUUUGCUAAUGGUCAACUUCCUCAACAAAAGCUAGCGUUUAGAAGGCUUGAUGCUAAUUCAGAAUCCUCCAUUAGAGGCAGCAUUGAAGGCUUUCCACAGAUUCUGUGAAUGCCUCGAACUGCUCCUUACUAUUCCACUACAUUCUAGGUUUCACCCAAAUUUUGAGCAUUCAUAGUUCAUACGUUCCUUAUACCAAUUGAACUUUUGUGUAUACUGUAUAGAUUCCAUGUACCUUAAAGUUCUUCAUUUCUAAUCCAUUUCCAUUUUGAUCGAUAAAGUUUGA